UUUGAGCAAAAAACAAAAGAGCAAGAGGUUGUACAGCAGUUAGUUAGUUAGUUUUCACUCCGACAACAUGUGUACUGGAAAAUGUUCCCGUUGUAUUGCUUUUACUCUGUACCCAUUAGCACUCAUAUCCAUCAUCUGUAACAUUGUGUUGUUCUUUCCUGGCGGGGACAUCAAGUAUGCCAAAGAUGGACACAUUACUGAGGAGGUGAAAUACAUGGGGGGACUCAUUGGAGGGGGUGCAAUGGUGUUGAUCGCAGCAAUUUAUAUCAACUUGACUGAAGCUCAAGGGUGCUGUGGAAAUCGCUUUGGGAUGUUCUUAUCAAUUGCAUUCGCUGCAGUUGGCGUGACCGGGGCCCUGUACAGUUUCAUCGUAGCAGUGCUCGGUUUGAACAAUGGGCCCCUCUGUUAUGAUGGAGGGAUGUGGACCACACCUUUUAAAAACAGCAAUUCCACCUACCUGGCCAACCAUAAGUUGUGGGCAGAAUGUGAAGAGCCAAAGAAGGUGGUGCAGUUCAACAUGGGGCUGUUCCUCACCCUGAUGGCGACCAGCUGCCUGCAGGGGGUGCUCUGUGCCAUUCAGAUGAUCAACGGGCUGUUUGGUUGCCUGUUUGGACUCUGCGUCAAAAAGGAAUAAUAAGCGCCUGGUCAGAAGGCAUUCAUCCCACAUCUGAAGAGUCCCCUUGCGUUUUCUGCUGGAAGGCUGUUCUUCCUGGCUGCAUGUGCCUAAAAACGUUUACGUUGAAAUAGUUGUUGCCUCUGAUUAGAUUAAAAAAAAAUUGAAUGUGCAUUACAUGAUACUUCAAAAUGUUGCAAUGUUUGAGAAACAAUUCAUGCUGAUUACAUGGUCAAGGUCAAAUAAAUUGGAUUUAAAAAU